AUGGCAAGCUCGACGGUGCGUCCGGGCUCUCUCGACGUCAGUCAGCAACAGCAUGUCCUGGGCAUUCCGCGACCUCCCUCGGUUGGAGGGAUUUCAUCCCGGGUGACUGAUCUCGCCUCGGAAGAUGGCAAUGCUUCACCAUCGCACACGUCGCCGCCACCCACCCUUCAGCACCGCACUUCUGCCUCUCGUCGCGCUCCACCACCUGCUCGUAAUUCGGUCACUUCAACGGCUGGGUCGAGUCAGAGACCUGGAAGCUCUGCUAGCCGUCUGAGUAGGACACACAUCCCGUCUCUUACUGCGCAGGCAUUUUUUCGGCCGAUGAGCUCGCAGCGCCUCCAAGCGCAUCGAGGUGGCCGACCCUUGACCAUUGGGACAAUUUCUACCACGGAUGGAUGGAACGAUCAACAAAGUCAGAACCGGCACAGUUUAGUUUCGAACAGUACAAUGCAACAUGGUUCACAGGUUCAAACGGAGCUAGACGUCCCACCGUCGCGAGGCACAGAGUUCACAGAUCCUCUGACGCCAGACCGAAACACUUGCAAUGCUAGCCCAACGGGCCAAACGACCAUCCGCAGCCUCGGUGACAGUGUGAGGCUUCUACGUGACCGCGAGCAAAAUGACAGGCCACGUCCUCCCCAAUUAAAUCUCAAUGCCAAUAAUCCUCCAAAGGACUCGCACGAUGUCCCUCCGAAGUCACCAUUGUCCUUCCUUUCACUACAGAACAUGGGAACUUCACACAAUAAUCAUGAUGCCCGAGGCCACGAGAGAUUAUCAUCCGCGGGCUCUUCUCCAGGGCCCAUGGAGGCAAAGAAGCAGCUACCUCGAGGCAAUCUCGGCAAGAAUUGGGAAUAUUUCGUCGGCAAUACAUUUUUUUGUUUCGGUGGCCGACUGCUCAAUUCAAGAGACAAGCCCAUUAAUAUCGUCACGGGGAUCCUUCAGCUCCUUCCCUCAGCUCUGUUCUUCGCAUAUUCGGGUCCUUGGCUAUGGCACAACAUUUCACCGGCUAUUCCCAUCUUAUUUGCCUACGUUUUCUAUAUCUGCUUCUCAUCAUUUGUGCAUGCGUCUGUUGUCGAUCCCGGCAUCAUGCCACGAAACCUCCACUCGAUGCCUCAAUUCACCUUGGCCCAUGAUCCAUUGGCAAUCGGUCCGCCCACCAACGAUUGGGUCAUGGUCAAAUUAGCCACCUCUGACGUUGCAGCGAUGGAUGUCCCCGUGAAGUACUGCAAGACUUGUGCUAUUUGGCGGCCACCUCGCUGCUAUCAUUGUCGGGUGUGUGAUAAUUGUGUCGAAACUCUCGAUCAUCACUGUGUCUGGUUGAACAACUGCGUGGGCCGGCGAAAUUACCGCUACUUCUUCGCUUUUGUGAGCUCGUGUACUAUUCUCUGUCUGUUCUUGAUCGGAGCCAGUCUGGCCCACAUCUUGGUUUACAUGGACCGCGAAGGAAUAUCAUUUGGAGCUUCCAUCUCCAAGUGGCGGGUGCCGUUUGCCAUGUUUAUUUACGGCAUUAUCGCUCUUCCAUAUCCCACCUCUCUGUGGGCUUAUCAUCUUUUCUUGGUGGGUCGCGGUGAGACGACCAGGGAGUAUCUCAAUUCCCACAAAUUUCAAAAGCAGGAUCGUCAUCGACCUUUUACCCAGGGUAACGUCUUCACUAAUUGGAUCGCUGUUUUGGCUCGACCCCGACCACCGACCUACAUGCAAUUCAAGCGCCCCUAUAAAGAAGGCGAUCAGCGUUACGCCAUGCAAAAACGCAAGUAUCUCGCCCGCGAUCUUGAGUCUCAGGCCGGCAUUGAGAUGCAAGAAGUUGGCCCGCAUCGUCAGGAUUAA